UGUUUUUCUUUUUCUAUUGUUCUUGUUCUUGUUGUUCUUGUUGUUUGAGAAGAAGAAGAGGUAGGCGAAGAAUGGAUGGAAGUGCAUUAGAUGAAUUGAUAGAUAGGCUGUUGGAAGGGAAGAAGAACAAGGGCAGCGGCAAACGAGUUCAGCUCAGCGAGGCUGAGAUUCGCCACCUCUGUGUUGUCUCCAAGGAGAUUUUUCUCAGCCAACCUAAUCUCCUUGAGUUGGAAGCUCCCAUCAACGUUUGCGGUGACAUCCAUGGACAGUACUCAGACCUUCUGCGGCUGUUUGAGUACGGUGGGUUCCCUCCGGCAUCAAACUAUUUGUUCCUCGGGGACUAUGUCGAUCGUGGCAAGCAAAGCAUUGAGACAAUCUGCUUGCUCUUGGCUUACAAAAUCAAGUUCCCGGAUAACUUCUUCCUUCUCCGAGGCAACCAUGAAUGUGCCUCCAUCAAUCGAAUUUACGGGUUUUAUGACGAGUGCAAGCGCCGGUUCAGUGUGCGUCUGUGGAAGCUUUUUACUGAUUGUUUUAAUUGCUUGCCUGUGGCAGCAGUGAUAGAUGAUAAGAUACUCUGCAUGCAUGGAGGGUUGUCGCCGGACUUGGAUAAUUUGGAUAGGAUAAGGGUGAUAGAGAGGCCAGUUGACGUGCCGGACCAGGGAUUGCUUUGUGAUCUCCUGUGGUCUGAUCCAGACAGGGAGAUUAGAGGGUGGGGUGAGAAUGACCGUGGCGUGUCCUACACUUUUGGAGCUGAUAUGGUCACUGAGUUCUUGAACAAGCAUGACCUUGAUCUCAUUUGCCGUGCUCAUCAGGUAGUAGAAGAUGGAUAUGAAUUCUUUGCUGAUCGGCAGCUCGUGACCAUAUUUUCGGCUCCUAAUUACUGUGGUGAGUUCAACAAUGCCGGUGCACUAAUGAGCGUCGACGCAAGCUUGCUUUGUUCUUUCCAGAUCCUGAAGCCUUAUAGAGGAAAACCCCCAGGCCAGACUCCAGACUAGAAGAAUUCAUCACCCCUGAAUUCAAAUUCCUACUUGGAAACAUGAGAUAUUGAUAUACUGAUACUGCUGCUGUUGCUUCCCAUUUGCUUGUUAUGUUGCUGAUUUUUUUUUUUCUAAAAUUGCUGUUAAUUUUACUUUUUGCCUUUUUUUUUCAGGUUAAUUCAUGAUGUAUUUAUUUUGUUCCAUAAGUGAUUUGUCUUUGAAUCUUUCUGUAUAUAUGUAAAACAUUAGAUUCAAUUUGAGUCCGUGA